UCCGGGUUUUUAUUUUCUCGCGACAUGUCGGUAAGAUGGCUGUAUCUCGCGGAGCCUCGUGCUGGUUUGGUUGAUUUCUAGCUCGCGCUCUCGUUCUGUAACAGAAGGCCCCCCUCCAACACACACACACUCACUUGUGUCGGUUAAAUUCACUUCCCUGGCUCUGUAUUUAUACAUUUUUUCUUUCACAAACUUUCCCCUCUCUGUUUUAACUUUAAACGGAGUCGCGGUGGAUUACCGGAUACCGGUCCGGGCGGAGGGAAAAGGGGGGAAUGAACCGGGACAACGGGUACGUUGUUAUAAAUAUACUUGUAUUUAUAUUCAAUGGUUAUUCGAAGUUUGAUUGUGUGUGAGUCGCCGUGCUGAGAGAGAGGCAGAGAAAGAGUGGGGGAGAGAGAGAGAGGGAUAUCAUGGCCGCUCAGGUCGCUAGCGUCGCCACUCUCAACACUAGCCCGCCAUCCGAACUAAAAAAGCCGGAUCGGGACACACAGGAGGAGUCGGUACCGGGAGAGAAACAGCAUGAAAAUAAGGAACCGGGACCUGACGGCGGAUCUCCUGGGCAGAAGGAGCUGCAGGACGGGACCGAUGCUGGAAAUGCUGGGGGAGGAGGGGAUCCUGACAUGAAGAACGGCAACGGGAAUUUACCCAGGGUAAAUAAUAAUAGCAGUAAUCAGAAUGAUACAGGCGGGCCCGAAGGGAAUAACCAUCCCGGGAUGGGACACCACCACCCGGGCCCCUUUCCUCCACCUCCUUACGGUUACAACCAGCACUACACCCGGGCCCCUUUUCAUCAACAUGGCGGACAACAAAGCCCUGGCAUGGCAGCUGCAUCGGGGCCGGGCAUGAUGGACUCUUACCCCCCUAAUUCACACGAACACGGCUACCCCAACCAUUACAACAACUACAGCCCGUUCCAGAACAGGACUUCUUACCAGGGCCCGGGAUACGGGGCCAUGAAUUCCCCGCGUAACAACCAGCCUCCGGCUGGGGGGCAGCCAGGCAAGCAACAGCCAGCAGGAGGAACCACAGCUAUGGCUGCCUCUUAUAAUAAUCAGAGAUAUAACAUGGGAAACCAACAACCUACGUCUACGCCAACUUUAAAUCAGCUUUUGACAUCCCCCAGCCCUACCAGGAGCUACCCGAAUUAUCCCCAAGGAGACUAUAACAAUCAGGAGGGGGCCAACAAGGGACCAGGGGAUAUGGGCAGCAGUCAGUAUGGUGGGGUCCAUCCGGCUUGGCAACAAAGGACCCACCAUCCGCCUCCCAUGAGCCCGGGAAACACUGGACAACCUCCAAACAGAAAUCAGCCUCCAGGCCCAAUGGACCAGGUAGGGAAGAUGCGCGGCCAGCCAUAUGGAGGGCCCAACCCCUUCUCGCAGCAGCAGCAAGGACCUCCUACAGGGCCUGGACCCCAGCAGGCAGGCUCUUACCCAGGGCAGGGCUAUGGCCCUCCGGGCCCUCAGAGGUACCCUAUGGGGAUGCAGAGCCGACCACCCGGAACCAUGAGUGGCAUGCAAUAUGGACAACAGAUGUCAGCAUAUGGACAACAGGGCCCAGGAGGCUAUGGACAGCAAAGUCAGGGCUACUAUGGUCAGCAUGGCCCUGCACCUCACCCUGGACAGCAGCAACCUCCAUACUCUGGCCAACCCCAGGGAACCUCUGGACCUUCAUACCCCCAACAGGGCCAUCCUUCACAGACUGCAGGCCAACACGGGCAGCCAGGACCCCCAUACCAACAAUCUCAAGGUCCCCACGGCCCUCCUCAGAGUCAGCCUCCGUAUAGCCAGCCCCAGCAGUCUCAGCCAGGACAGCCACCCUAUGUAUCUCCCCAGCAACAGCAGAGUCAACAACAACAGCAGCAGCAGCAGCAGCAGGGACCUGGUCCGCAAAGUCAACAGGGCUCUCAGGGCCAGCCUGGGUACCCACAACCCUCUGGGCCAGGGCAGCCACCACAGCAGCAAACCCCACAGCAGCAGCAGCAAGGCCCCCCACAACAACAACAACAACAACCACAACAACAGCAGCAGCAACAACAACAACAACAACAACCAGGAGGUCCACCACCUCAAGCCCAACAGCCUCCAGGUCAUGGCCAGCAGGGCCAGCCAUCACCAUAUUCUCAGACACCCCCGCUGCAACAGCAGCAACAACAGCAGCAGCAGCCACCACCACAACAACAACAGCAGCAGCAGCAGCAGUCACCUUAUCAGAGGUUCCCACCUCCUCCACAGGAACUCUCCCAGGAUUCCUUCAGCUCACAGUCCAGCGCUCCUCCAUCUAACCAGCCCAACAAGAGCAGUCAAGAAGACAGCAUGCAGGCGCGGCCAUCCAGUCUGCCGGAUUUAUCUGGCUCCAUCGACGACCUUCCCACUGGUACAGAAGGCGCUUUGAGCCCGGGUGUCAGCACCUCGGGCGUGUCCAGCAGCCAGGGCGAGCAGAGCAACCCGGCCCAGUCACCCUUCUCCCCGCACACUUCACCUCACCUGCCAGGCAUACGUGGACCCUCGCCGUCACCUGUGGGUUCCCCAGCUAGCGUCACCCCUUCUCGCACCGGCCCUCUGUCCCCUGCUGCUGUGCCAGGUAAUCAGAUGCCUCCUCGGCCGCCCAGCGUCCAGUCAGACAGCAUCAUGCAUUCAUCCAUGAGCCAGGACAGAGUGUACAUGCGCAAUCCUCAGAUGCCUCCUUACGGGUCCCCUGGACAGCCUGGCUCGGCCUUAUCUCCACGCCAGUCUUCAGGAGUCCAGAUGCAUGGUGGGAUGGGCCCAUAUCCUCAGAACAAUACCAUGGCAAACUACGGCCCUCAGGGGAGCCAGUACGGCCCACCAGGUUAUCCCAGGCAGCCCGGCUACACAGGGAUGCCCAACGCCAAUUACCCCAGUGGCCCCAGCAUGGGUGGCUCCAUGAACCCCAUUCCCGGUCAGGGCAGCGGGGCUCCGUAUGGUAGCAUGCCACCGGGCAGGAUAGGUCCUGGGCAGAUGGGCACUCGGCCUUACGGUCCUGCCAUGGCCUCCAAUAUGGCCGGCAUGCCUCCUCAGGUGGGGUCCGGCAUGUGUCCCCCUCCAGGCAUGACGAGGAAGGAUGGUGGUCCUUCCAUGCACCACGGACCAACAAACUCUAUACACAACAGGCCACCCAGCUAUCCUAACAUGUCUCAGGGCAUGAUGGGAGCAGGCUCUCCGUAUGGCCCAGGCAUGAACAGCAUGCACAGUAUGAUGAACCAAGGUGGGCCAGGGCCGUAUCCAAUGGGAGCAAACAUAGCCAACAAUACCCCUGGAAUGGCUCCAAGUUCAGAGUUUGGCAUGGACAAAAUGAACCCUGCUCAGAAGAUGAACAACAAAGUGGACGGGACUCCCAAGCCAGAAUCCAAGAAGAAGUCGAGCUCUUCCACCAUCACCAAUGAGAAAAUAACCCGUCUGUACGAGCUUGGCCCAGAGCCAGAGAGGAAAAUUUGGGUGGACCGAUACUUGGCCUUUGCUGAGGAGAAAGCCAUGGGCAUGAACAAUCUGCCCGCUGUGGGCCGCAAGCCCCUCGAUCUCUUCAGGCUCUACAUAUCCGUCAAAGAGAUCGGCGGCCUCACCCAGGUGAACAAGAACAAGAAGUGGAGGGAGCUGGCUACCAACCUGAACGUGGGCACGUCGAGCAGCGCAGCCAGCUCGCUCAAGAAACAGUACAUCCAGUGUUUGUAUGCCUUUGAGUGCAAAAUGGAGCGCGGCGAGGACCCUCCCCCAGACUUCUUCAACACCGACACCAAAAAGAACCAGCCCAAAAUCCAGCCUCCCAGCCCAGCUGGUUCUGGAUCCCUGCAAGGACCCCAAACUCCUCAGUCCACCACUAGUUCAAUGGCAGAGGGGGGAGACCUGAAGCCCCCCACACCAGCCUCCACCCCACACACGCAAAUGCCCCCAAUGCCUGGUGUAAGGAGUAGCGUUAAUCUACAGGAUCCCUUUGCUGAUGGCGGAGACCCGGCGUUUCCCAGGAGGAACGCCAUGACUCCCAACUCUCAGGGCUAUCAGCCUGGGAUAGGCACCCCGGAGAUGAUGGGACGGAUGGGUCCCUACGAGUCCAACAAGGACCCUUUUGGAGGCAUGAGGAAAGCAGGGGAACAGUUCAUGCCACCCGGCCCCAACAGUGGAAUGGGGGAACAGUAUAACAGAGGUCCGCCAGGCCCAAUGGCCAACAUGCCAAUGAGCCAGAGGCAACAGUACCCGUAUGGAUAUGAACGAAGACAAGAGCCAGGCAUGGGCCCUGAUGUCAACAUGGGACCGGGAGCUCCUCAGCCCAACAUGAUGCCUUCUGGAGCUGACACAGGGAUGUACUCGCCUAGCCGUCCUCCACCACAGCAACGGCAUGAGUCCUAUACAAAUCAGUUCCCUGGCCAAGGAGCUCCCCCUGGUGGGCCUUACCCAAAUCAGCAGCCAGGAAUGUAUCCACAGCAGCAGCCAAACUACAAACGUCCUGUGGAUGGUGGGUAUUGUCCUCCUGCCAAGCGCCAUGAGGGAGAAAUGUACAACGUUCCUUACAGUGGGCAGCAACAGCCAGGACCCCAGUCCUCGGGGCCCCAGGCCCAGCAGGACAUGUAUAAUCAGUAUAAUGCGUACCCUGGAGGAGACCGCCGACCGCCAGGCCCACAGAACCAGUUCCCCUUCCCCUUCGGGCGGGAUCGAGGGCCAUCUGCAGGCCCCAAUUCCCAGUCCCCGAUGCCUCCCCAGAUGAUGGCAAGUCCCAUGCCUUCAGGCCCUGAUGGUUCCCAGGGCCCAAUGUGGCAGGGCCGCAAUGAGAUGGGCUACCCCAACUAUCCCAACCGACAGGGACCCCCUGUGGCGGGCCAGGGUCCCGGCUACCACGGCAUGAACCGCUCAGAAGACAUGAUGCCAUCAGAUCAGCGCAUGAACCACGAGGGACAGUGGCCUGGCCAUGCCAACCAGCGGCAGCCUCCAUUUGUCCCCGCCGGCUCUGGACCACCCAUGACCAGACCCCUGGCCUCCACCUACUCGGCUUCCCAAAACCACAUUCCUCAGGUGUCGAGCCCAGCACCCAUGCCCCGACCCAUCGAAAGUAGAACGUCGCCCAGCAAAUCCCCUUAUAUGCAUCCUGGAAUUAAGGUGCAGAAAGCUGGACCUCCAGUUCCUGUGUCCCACAUUGGCCAGGCUCCCGUGCAGCAACCCAUGAUCCGGCGAGAUGUGGCCUUCCCUCCUGGCUCUGUGGAAGCUACCCAACCCCACCUGAAACCCCGCAGGCGGCUCACCAUGAAAGACAUUGGCACUCCUGAGGCUUGGAGGGUUAUGAUGUCAUUAAAGUCUGGCUUAUUAGCUGAGAGCACCUGGGCCUUGGACACCAUUAACAUUCUACUGUAUGAUGACAAUAGCAUUUCUACUUUUAACCUUUGCCAGCUACCUGGAUUUCUGGAGCUGGUAGUGGAGUACUUCAGACGCUGUCUCAUUGAGAUCUUUGGCAUCCUUAAGGAGUAUGAAGUAGGAGACCCUGGCCAGCGCACCCUAAUAGACCCCAAUGCAGCUGAGGACUCUGAUGAUGAACUUCCCAUGCCUGAGGGCGAGGACAUGAACUCGGAUGAGGAGGACGAGGAGGAUGAGGAGGUAGAGGAAACAAAGACCAAUCCUGACACUUCUUCACUGGUCCAGGUAAAGGAGGAGGAGGAGGAAGAGGAGAACUCCCACAAAGAUAAGUCUUCAGAGGAUGAGGAAGAGGAGAAGGAAAGGGAGUCUUCUAUCAAGGAAGCCAAUACCUCUACCUCAGGGUUCUCCCACGACCCCAGUAUACACUCGGAAAAGCCCAAACAGGCUAGCAAGUUUGAUAAACUCCCCAUCAAGGUGGUGCGAAAGAAGAAUCCCUUCCGGCUAAACCGCUUGUCCAAGCUUGGGCAGCGGCAGAGCUUUGACAGCGGCCUGAUACACUGGAGCGUGGGUGGUGGUGACACUACUGAGCACAUCCAGACCCACUUUGAAAGCCGGAUGGAGCUUCUCAAGCAGCGAAAACAAACAACAGCAGCCACUGACAGCCGCAAGAAGGUCAAGGUGAAUGGGACAGCUGGAGCAGAAAACCCAGAGAAGCCUAAAUCCACUGGUGACGAUAAGGUUCGACAGCAGCAGCCCCAGUUUUCUGAACCUCACAAGUCUCCAACAAAGACUACCACGCCUCCUCUUCCCAUUGGCGCACCAGUCACUGCCACCAUCGACGAUGUACUAUCCGCUCGCCCAGGGUCGGUCACGGAGGAAGUAGUUCGUGGAGGUGCCGAGGAGCAGAAGGAGAACGGCAAGUAUUUGUUCAGCAUCAACCCCGAUCUCCAGAGCCGCCGCAACAUCAAGAUCCUGGAAGAUGAACCUCACAGCAAGGAUGAAACGCCACUUAGCACUCUAUCAGACUGGCAGGACUCGCUAGCUCGGCGCUGCAUCUGCGUCUCCAACAUCGUGAGGAGCCUCUCCUUCGUUCCUGGCAAUGACCUGGAGAUGUCCAAACACCCUGGCCUCCUGUUGCUGUUGGGCCGCCUGGUGCUGCUCCACCACAGGCACCCUGAACGCAAACAGGCGCCUGUUACCUACGAGAAGGACGAUGAAGACGAGGGCGUGAGCUGCGAGAGAGACGAGUGGUGGUGGGACUGCCUUGAGGUGUUAAGGGAGAACUGCCUGGUCACUCUGGCAAACAUCUCCGGCCAGCUGGACCUUUCUAUCUACCCAGAGAGCAUAUGCCUGCCUCUCCUUGAUGGCCUGCUCCACUGGGCUGUGUGCCCUUCAGCAGAGGCCUUGGAUCCCUUUCCCACGCUGGGGCCCCACGGCUCCCUUUCACCCCAGAGACUGGUCCUCGAGACCCUCAGCAAGCUCAGCAUCCAGGACAACAACGUCGACCUCAUUCUGGCCACUCCGCCAUUCAGCCGCUUGGAGAAGCUCUACGGCUCGCUCGUGCGACUCGUCGGCGAGCGCAAGGUGGCCGUCUGCCGUGAAAUGGCGGUGAUCCUGCUAGCUAACCUAGCCCAGGGUGACAGCCUUGCAGCGCGAGCGAUCGCUGUGCAGAAAAGCAGCGUGGGCAACCUACUGGGCUUCCUGGAGGACAGCCUAGCGGCUACACAGUACCAGCAGAGCCAGAGCUCCCUGCUACAAAUGCAGGGUGGACCCCAGUUUGAGCCUACUAGUGUGGACAUGAUGCGGCGGGCAGCGCGGGCCUUGCACGCCCUGGCUAAGGUGGAAGAAAACCACUCUGAGUUCACUUUGUACGAGUCGCGGCUACUGGACAUCUCGAUGUCCCCACUUAUGAACUCUCUGGUGUCCCAAGUAAUCUGUGAUGUACUGUUUCUGAUCGGCCAGUCAUGACAGCCGUGGAGAGGUUUCAGCUCUGCCUCUUUCUAUUCCCCCUAAACCACCUUUUUGUGUGUGCGCGUGUGUGUGUGUGUCUGUUAGUUGCGCGUGAGUGACGAAAGCAAAACUUUUUUUUUUAGUUUUGUUUUGUUUUUUUUUAAUUUAUGCAAAAUCACCUCGGAUUCCACUGUCUUUCUUACCCCUGCUUCUCUCUAUAAGGAAGGAAUAUCAUGAAGUAGCUGUUGAUUUCAAACAUCUGAAACUGAAAGAAACUGGCAAAGAAGAACAGACUGGGACCCAGGCAUAGGACAGAGUGUGCUGCUGCCCUGCAGAAAGGACUCUUUUUUGUUUUUGUUUUUUUUAUUGAAAAAAAAAAAUCUCCAGAGAGAAAAAAAAAAGAAAAAAAGAAAAAACUGUAACCAAAGUUGCUGUCUCGUUUACAGUGAGUUUGGGGGAUACACGUGUUCGCUUUCUCCCUCGGGGGAGGGGGGUCGUCAGGGGAAAGAGGGCACAGACUAAACAAUAUUAUGGUUCGUGUUUGGAGGCUACAUAGACUCAUGGACUGUGGUGUGGUAUAAUUGCUGUAACUUUGGAUGCUAUAUACUCAGCCCCACAGGAACCACAUUAUUGGCUGUGAACAGAUGUCUGUCAUGGGAGGCCUGUGCAGUAGAUUGUAGGACUUUUUUCUGUACUGUACACCUUAAAAACUGUAAACAUACUGUAAUAAUACUGUUUCACACUGAGAUCCGCUGGCUUGGCAGCAAACUGUAGUUUUUAAAACCAGUUUUAGUUAAAUGUCGAGAGAGAAAAACGGCUUUCCCCCCAAAGUAUGGUGAACCUACAACACCCCGACCUCUUCUCUUUGUCCCUUGAUUGUAUGACUUGACCCUUAUAUUCAAAAGUCACCUCUUUAGGACUGGUCCUCAACUCUAGAUGCAGUCCAAGCUGCAGUGUAUAUAUGAUGUUGUACAUUACACUUUCUCUUUCUCGACUUCUGUUGCUCUUCACCGUUUUUAAUCUUUGACGAGUUUCCCUGCAUCGAGAACGCCAUGUGAUUACUUGACGCCCGCCCUCUCCGUUACUUCAGCGCCUCACCCCGCUCGUAUCACGCUGUGUGAGCGUGGGGACGGGGGUCAUUAAGCUGCUGUCCGAUCCAGCGCCACCCCCUCCUCUCAGUAAACACAACUUCAACUUUCUGUUCGUCUGGGUGUAGAGAAUAUUAACACAAAUCGGUUCCAUUCGAGCUCCUUCAUAAACGACAAACUAGACCUUGAUGAAGAAACUGUUUUUAUUUUAUUUUUUUUUUUCAGUGAUGCGGAUUCUGCAUAUUUGUAUUUCAGAUGAUGUAGCUAAAAACUUGAUGUAAAUUCCUCUUUUUUCCUUUUUUUGGCUUAAUGAAUAUCAUUUAUUCAGUAUGAAAUCUUUAUACUAUAUGUUCCACGUGUUAAGAAUAAAUGUACAUUAAAUCUUCGUAAGACA